UCACACAGCCUGUGUCCCUACUGGCAUAGCAGUUGAGGCUAGGUCCUGGCUGCCAUUCCCCAAGCUUGGGUAGAAGACUCCACUUCUAACAGUGAGCUCAUCAACCCUGAAUCUUAGUUGCUAGAAUUUUAUUUAGAUUCCCGAGAAGAUGCCCUGUUUCCUGAAGUUUGUGUCAUUUGUGCUUGUUGUUCUCUGUCGGCUCUCGUCCAGCUAUGACUUUGCACGCAGUGGAUCGAAGAACUUCGACCUCCGGACAGUGGUCCUGCUCAUCAUCGGUGGCAGCAUCCUGAUAGCCAUAAUCAUACUGACCGGCAUUGUCAUAGGCCUGUACGUCAAAGUGUCCAAAGUGCUGAUAGCUGCAAAGGAACUUUUGUGUGUAAACAGUCAUUUAGCCAAGGACACGCAGGACCACAUCAUUCCUGUGAAAGCUUUCACCACGGAUUCCUGUCGUGCGCUCCCAUGCUGUGACGACUGUAACGUGUAUGCGAAUUUCGAUCCCCUGCCACCUUGCUCCUGUGCAACCAACGAGGGACUCUGACUCGGGAAAUGUGGGCACUAAAAUCUUCAUGAGCAGUAUUUCCCUCUUAUUAGAAUGUCCUACUAUCCAAUCAGGUUCUGUAGUAUUUACAUUACACGAUUUCUGUACAAUGUUAUUUUAUGUGCUUUUGAGUAAAUGUAUGGUAUUAAAGAGAA